UCUCAAAGUACAAUGUUCUGGGCCCUGGAAAAUGCGGCGCUUAUUUAUUGCUGCAGUUAUGGUAUUACGAGGAGUAUGGAUGCUGCAUGAAGAGCAGCCUUAUCGGGACGGAGCAUGUUUGGGAGAUGGUUUUUGAUGGGAGCGGGGCUGUAGCUAUAAUUGAGCCAGAUGGGUUCAGAAGAACUCGGGGUCCCCAGCUCCAUUCCUCCCUGUUUUUUUCAUUCUCUUUCUUCCUCCGAGGGACCACCGGGGAAAGGGCAGGGCGAACAUAGCCCCCUCGCCCCUACCAACGCCUCUGGAUGGGAGGCAUUGCACAGUCACCCUAUGAGUUGUGUUUGACUGAGUCUGUGCCAUAUCUCAAUAAUCUUCCAUCUCCCCUGGCAUUCUGUCGAGACUGGAUAUGCCCAAACAAACCAUGCAUAAUUCGAAAUGCCUUCAACCAUUGGCCAGCAUUGACGAAGUGGACAUUGACUUACUUGAGGGAAAUAGUGAACUCCAAGGUGGUGAGUGUGGCAGUAACUCCAAAUGGUUAUGCUGAUGCUGUUUAUCAAGGCUGUUUUGUCAUGCCAGAGGAACGACGUAUGCCUUUCAGUUCUUUCUUGGACAUUGUGGAGAAAAAAGUAACUUCUCCAGGGGUGUUCUACGUGCAGAAACAGUGUUCAAACCUGACUGAGGAAUUUCCUGAACUUGUGGGUGAUGUGGAACCUGAAAUUCCUUGGAUGAGCGAGGCACUUGGAAAGAAGCCCGAUGCUGUGAACUUCUGGCUGGGAGAAUCUGCUGCGAUAACAUCUUUACAUAAAGACCAUUAUGAAAACUUGUACUGUGUGAUUUCUGGAGAGAAGCAUUUUUUGCUGCAUCCACCAAGUGACCGCCCCUUCAUCCCAUAUGAGCUGUACCCACCAGCAACCUACCACAUAUCAGAAGAUGGGUCAUUUGAGGUUGUGGAUGAAAAAGCUGCAGAAAAGGUGCCCUGGAUUCCAUUGAAUCCUUUAAAUCCAGACCUGGAACGAUACCCAGAAUAUGCCCUGGCAAAGCCUUUUAAGUGCACUGUGAAAGCUGGCGAGAUGUUGUAUCUUCCUUCUCUCUGGUUCCAUCAUGUUCAGCAGUCCCAUGGUUGCAUAGCAGUGAAUUAUUGGUAUGAUAUGGAAUAUGAUCUGAAGUACUCCUACUAUCAGUUGCUGGAUUCCCUCACAAAAGCUAUGACACUGAAGUAGCACAGUCUAAGGAUCUACCCAGUUUGGCCAAACAAUGUGGAUCUGUGGUUGGAAUAUAUGUGCUAUUAAUACAAACUGAAUACAAAUAACUUAAUAAUUCAAGUGAACCAAAUGUAAAUAAGUUCAUAAUGGUCUAUUGGAUAAAGACCAAUAUUUUGAUUCCA